AUGAGUUGUUCAUUUACAUUCGCAAAUUUAACAGAUAUUAAUUUUACUCAACACGAAACAUAUUGUCCCGCACAAACAGAUGGCGGUUGUUGGCCACCAACAAAAUUAAAUUAUACAGCAACAAUUGCAUGUCCAGCAUCAACACAAGGAGUUGAUCCAACAAAAUUUGCAUAUCGUCAAUGUUUAUUAACGGGUAAAUGGGAUAAAAUUCAGUAUAAACCAUGUUUUUAUCCGGAUGUGUGGGAAUUGAUGAAUAAAUAUUAUGUAAAUAAAUCACCAGGAGAAAGACAAGCUUAUACAAAUGUAUUACAAGCUGUGAGAAUUAUUGAAAUGAUUGGUUUAUCAGUAUCAUUUAUUAGUGUUAUUCUAUCAUUAUGUAUAUUCUGCUGUCUAAAAUCAUUAUAUUGUAGUCGAACAAAAAUUCAUAUUAAUCUCUUAAUUGCUAUACUAUUACAAAUAAUUGCCAGAAUUAUUAAUUAUGGAAUUCAAAUGAAAUAUUCACAAGGUGAUAGGCGUAUGCAAAAGGAUCACAGCGUUGAAUUACCAAGAUUAAUUGUACUAGUUUGUCCAUUUAUUGUUAUUGGUUUACAAUUUGGUAUUACGGCCAUGUUUAUGUGGAUGUUGUGUGAAGGUGUACAUUUAAAUAAUGUUUUAACUGUAUCUGUGUUUAAAAAUCGAUUUAAAGUACUUUAUUUUUAUUUACUUGGAUGGGGUUUACCAUUUUUUUUGACGUUAAGUUGGACUAUAGUAAUGUUUAUUAAAGAACGUGAUCGCCAAUGUUGGUCGAAUUAUAACCAUUUACCUUAUUACUGGAUUAUUGAUGGACCACGUUAUGCCGUUAUGAUUAUUAAUUUUAUACUUUUGCUCAAUAUUAUUCGUGUUUUGAUUGUUAAAAUCAAAGAAGGAUCAGAAAAACAAAUAAGAGAAAAGUAUUGUUUUACUGUUAUUUUGAUAAAAAUACGUAAAAUUUCCGGUCAAAAACGUAGUGCAGUUAAUACAAGAUUUGUUAGAAAAGCCGUCAAAGCAGCCAUAUUUUUGUUACCAUUAUUAGGUAUUACUCACAUGUUAGAAACAUUUGUUACACCACAUAAUCAAUCCGUUACACUAUUUGCCAUUUAUUUUUUUGUUACAUAUUUUAUGUUAACAUUUCAAGGAUUUUUUUGUUCAUUACUCUAUUGUUUUCUAAAUACAGAAGUUCGUGAAACAAUUUCUCGUCGUUUACAAACAACUCGAUUUUGGUUUAGAUGGAAAGCGUGUUUAGGACAUAAAGAUCCAUAUGAUAGAGAACGAACAAGAAUGGAAUCAUUAAUACCACAAUCAGUAUCAACACCAAAAAAAGUUCAUCUAGAAUUGCAUGAUCGACUGAACGAUGAAAAUCAUUUGACUAAACCUAUUCUUCAGCAGCAACAACAGUUCGUCUCGAAUGGUCAGUCAUCGUAUAUUUAA